AUGGUGGCCCACACAGACUGGGGAUUCUUGCGCCGGCUCAGCUCUCCCCGCCUCCUUGUGCCCGCAUCCUCCGCCCUGGCGGCGCCCGCGGGCGCAACCCCUUUUGGCACCGAGGCUUCCAGAUACUUCUUGAGUAUCUUCUAUAUCACAGAUGCUGUCCUUGCUGGUGAAGGGAAAAUCUUCAUGCUGGACUCUCAGAACGCCUCUCAGGGCCUGGACCUGGAGGCGGCUCGGCUCUCCUGUAAGAGCAGGGGCGCCCACCUGGUGUCUGCGGACGAGCUGCGCAGGGGGGUCCAGGACUGUGCCCUUGCAGUGUGCACCACGGGCUGGCUGGCAGAUGGCACCCUUGGGACAACUGUGUGUAGCAAAGGGAUUGGUGAACAGCAAAUCAUGAGAGCUGUUGAUGUGCGCAUUGAGAACAACCCAGUUCCUGGAGGCAUGUACAGUGCCCUUUGUGUCCAAGAUGAAGAGAAGCCAUGUGGAGACCCGCCUGCGUUCCCACACACCAUCCUGCAGGGACGCACUGGCCUGGAGAUGGGGGAUGAGCUGCUGUACGUGUGCGCCCCAGGACCCUUCUCAGGCCACCGAGAAACAGCCUUCACCUUGCUGUGUAACAGCUGUGGGGAGUGGUAUGGCCUGGUACAGGCCUGCGGGAAAGAUGAGGCGGAGGCCCAUAUUGACUAUGAGGAUAACUUCCCCGAUGACAGGUCUGUGUCAUUCCGAGAGCUCAUGGAAGACUCCCAUUCAGAGGCAGAAGAGGACAAAAGUGAGAGAGAAGCCUCUGAGGAGGCACCAAAACAAGACCAUCUGGUCUCCAUUUCUGUGAGCAAAGAAAAUAUCGCCCGGCACAAAGCUUUUGUGCCAAACACAGGCUUGCCUGGCACCAGGAGCAGUGUCCCCACAAACUUGCCAAAAUCCCAAGUAAACCAAAAGUACUCAUUCUGGUUUCCAGCUGAGACUUUCCACAAGCCUGAUUUGGAAAGGGAUGUUGAUGAUGAUACCAAAAAGCAGUUUCCUGCUGGAGACAACCACAGUACGGUGAAACUGGUCCCAAGUGAGCCGGAAACUAGGGUGACCUAUGGCAGCACCGAUGGCCCCUUGGGGUCAUCUGUGGAUAGGAACGACAGCAGGGUAGGGGACCUGGUGGUGAGCAGCAGUGAUGAGUCCUGGUUAGAUGGCUACCCUGUGACAGACGGGGCUUGGAGGAAAGUAGAAGCAGAAGAGGAGGACGAUGGGGACAAGGGGCCUGGGUCAAUAGGACUGGAUGAAAGUGCGCUUGUGACUCCUGAUCAGCCAGCUCUUGUGGAAGUUAAGGUGCCCAGAAGUACCACCCACGCACCAAGCAAGGACAUGACCCACAGUUCAAUUCUUGCAUCUGAAGUGCUGGAUGUAGAGGCGUUGGCUCUCACACCCACGAAUGUGUCUGAGACCAAAGGUGCCCGUGACAGGGAUGGUCCCUUGACCAAAUACCAGUCAACUGUACCUUGGGAAUUCACCGCAGAAAAGUCUGGCAUGGCCACUCCACUCUAUGAACGUACCACCUCUACCCUGGAGACAGAAACAACAACUCCUGUCCAGCAGAUGCCUGACCACAUCCCCUCAACUAGCAUGGCCGCCACCCAAUUUCCAGUGGAAACCUCUGCUCCUGAGGUCCAGGAUAGCUUCCCAUACCUGCUGUCUGAGGACUUCUUGGGACAGGAGGGCACUGGGCCAGUCGCGAGUGAGAAGGAGCUCCGUCCAACCUUGGAGCCAUGUGUUGGGGAUGAGUGUCCCAGCCUCAGCAGAGGCCCGGUGAUCGCCACCAUUGUCACCGUCCUGUGCCUGCUGCUGCUCCUGGCAAGUGUGGGGGCCGUGUGGGGUUACCGCAGGUGCCAGCACAAGAGUUCUGUGUACAAGCUGAAUGUCGGCCAGCGGCAAGCUCGGCACUACCACCAGCAGAUUGAGAUGGAAAAGGUCUAGUCACCAUCACGAUGGGCUCUCUCAAACACCAAGAGGAAAAUGCACUGUGACACAUCACACUGACAAACACUGAUAACUCACAAGAGCACGGGUGGAACAGGGCUGGUUUCUCCUCAGCUCUGUAUUCUGUAGGUUGAGAAGUCUCUACAGGCAUCUGGUGGGACAGAAAGGUUUCAGUGGCAUCAGCACGUGCCAGUGUCUUCUCCCCAUCUGCCCUGGAAUUGAUUGCACUAAUCCCAGACCUGUGCUUGAGCCCUAAUUCCAACAUAAGGUCUUGUUUCCUUUAUCAAGCUCUUGCCUUCUUUUCCUUUUUUAAGAAAGAAAAUCACUGACUCUGACUCCAUGCCCUGAAAUGUUUGAACUAGGUUUGAUAAACUGAGCAUUUGAAAGCAUGUUGUUGAGAGCAUAAAUAUUAACUGUGGGAGUGGGACACAGAAGAAUGAUGGGUUAUUUGCUUUUUAAAUUAUGAUGUCACUGAGGGCAAAUGAACCAAGAGCUAGGACUCAGUCUAGAAACCUGGAGAUGUCUUUGUAAUUGUUGGUUGGAAUUGGAGAAAAUUUAAGGCUGACGUUUUGCUUUGGGAAGGUAAGGAGUGAAGACACACACCCACCUCCACUGUGUCUAUUUCUGUGGGACUGCCCAUCGUUUUUUAAAAACAAGGUGAGCUUUGUACCAGUAAGGACCAUUUCCUGUAGCUGUCUUUGACUAGUCUGUGCUUAAAAAUGUCUUGCAAUUUAUGCCAAGACUAACAAAACUCAAUCCUUAGGUUCCUCUCUCAGGAUUAACCAUUUCUCCAAACUCUAGUAAAAGAGAAUGACAUGGAGGAAAAAAGUGUUUGAAGAAGACCCAAGAAUAUCAAGUAGUGGCACCUACUUGAUAGAGAAGAGGAAUUUAAAAAGGGAGAGUGAAAUGAUCUGUGUUGAUCUAUUUUUUACUCAUAGGGAAGAGUCCAUCCCGGCCUUUGAGUAAUCCACUUCCUGGCACAUAGCUCAUCUGAUAGUGGCUCAGUAUUGCCUAUGACAGUGGUUCUCAAAGAGUGGUCCGUGGACCAUAAACAUCACCAUCACCUAGGAACUAGAGAUGCAGAUUCUCCAGUCCCACCUCAGACUCAGGAAACAGCACCCCUUGGGUGGCACCCAGUGCUCUGUUUUAAAUAAGUCCUCUAGGUUAGUCUGAUGUGAA